CAGGCGGUGGUGAUAGCCCUGGACUACAAGUGGAGCCUCCGAGGACUCGAGGGGGAGGAGCGGCAGCGGCGAUUGCAUCUCGUGCACGAGCGGUCGGCCGAUCGGCUGCUGCGGCUAUUCCAGCAGAACAAGGGCAUCUACGUGAAGGCCGGACAGCACAUCUCCUCCCUCGACUACAUCCUCCCCUACGAGUUCGUGUUCGCCAUGACGCCCCUACACAACCAGGCCCCGACGUGUCCGUGGGAGGACACUGUGCGCGUGUUCCGCGAGGAGUUCGACAGCCAUCCCGACAUCAUAGGGGGCUGCCGUGCUCGCCGGUGCUUCACCCUCUCCCCUCCCCAAUUCAUGCAGGUGGCGGUCAAGGUGCAGUUCCCUCAGCUGAGGGAGCGGUGCGAGGGCGACGUCUCCACGAUUGCAUUUCUCGUCGACGCCAUGCGCAAGAUAUUUCCCGAUUUUGACUUUCAAUGGCUGGUCGGAGAGUUCCGCUUGAACCUGCCCCUCGAACUGGAUUUUGCGCACGAAGCCAAGAAUGCUGAGAAGACAGCGAGGCUGUUCCGCGAGUUCCCCGACGUUACCAUCCCCCGCAUCCACUGGGUCCUGCUCCCCUCCCCCAAUCCUCCCGACAAAACGACGAGCCGGAUCCUCACGAUGGACUUUAUUCACGGCGUUAAACUGGACGACAAGGAGGGUAUCGCGCGGAUGGGUCUGUCCACGCAUAAGGUGGCGGAGCUGCUCACCACGGUGUUCUCCAAGCAGAUAUUCCUCGACGGCUUCGUACACUGCGACCCUCACCCCGGUAACGUGCUCAUCCGCCGUCUGCGACCGCACGACCCGAGCUCGGACGACCCGGAGCUGGUGCUGCUGGACCACGGCCUCUACCGGGAGCUCGACGACGAGUUUCGGAUCAACUACUGCAACCUAUGGGUGGCCAUCAUCCACGCCGACGAGGCCAAGAUCAAGGACUAUGCCCGCAUCCUCUGCGGACCGGAUGCCUCCUACCAAUUGUUUGCCUGCAUGCUCACAGCGAGAGCCUGGGAGAGCGUGAAGGAGCUGGACCGACCGAUCACGCAGGAGGAGAAGAGGCACCUCAUGUCUGACGCCGCGGAUCGGUUCAAGGAGAUCAACGACAUCCUCGCCACCGUGCCCUCCCAGCUGCUGCUGCUGCUGAAGACCAAGUACUCGCUGCGCAGCCCUCAGGUGGCGGUGGCGGAAGUGCUGGUGGCCUGA